AUGUACUCUGAGCAUCACAUCCAACCGCAUGCGCCCCAUCUUCAGAGGGUAGCGACCCAUCAACCAUACCCAUACGCACCCAUUCCCGAUGCCUCCACACAAUUCUUCGUCCCUGUGCUAGGACCGAUGGUAUCGAGUCAGUCGGAAGAACGCUCGUUUUCAGCACCUGCACUCAGCCCUCUGUUCAGCGACCCAUUCCUGUGGCAUCCUGCCUCAUUCUCUCUCCGUGAUGUUCCUACGCCCAUCUUCCCGUCCGCAUCCAUCCCUCAGUAUUCAACUAUCCCGAACCAUCUCCCCAAUCAUGUCUCAUUCCCUCACAAUGCGAUGCACGCGGGGGCGGCCGCGGUCGGGACUUUCUCCGCACAGAUCGCUCCCACACAGCAACCACCCCCACCUAAAUCGACCCCUCGCCGCCAACCACCCCCGCUCGCGCUUCGCUACCACCCGAGCGUCCGAUCCCGUCUUACGCGCCGCGGCCCACCGCGGCCCACCGUCACCACCUCCUCCUCCCCACUGUCCACGACCGCCCCGCGCAGGACCAGCCGCCCCGGGCCCGCCCAUCGCUGCCCCGAGUGCGCGAAGGAGUUCAACCGCGGCCAAGACGUCGCGCGGCACGUCAGGGAGGUGCACAACCGCAUCCCGGGCGCCUGGGCGUGCUGCGGGCUCCCCGUCGACUUCGCGGCCCGGACGCACUCGCGCACGUACAACGGCGUGGAGGUGGCAGGCGGGUGCGGGCUGGACUGCUCGCGCAAGGCCGCGCUCGCGCGGCACCUGCAGCGCAGCGCGGGGUGCGUGGGGGACGUGCGGGGGUGGUGGCUCAUUGGGAACCAGGUCGGGGCGCGGUGA